AUGAAUCGUGCAGAAUAUUAUACACAUAUCGAUAUAAUCAGUGUUGAAAUGUUGGAUAAACUUAUCGAAGAUGAUUAUGUAUUAAUUAUCAAUAAAAAUCGUGCAUUAUCAUUAAAAGAAUAUUAUCCAUCUACUGGAUUUCAUGUUUCAAAAGAUUCAAUGAUUCCAACAUUAGGAACAUAUGCAAUGCGUUCAACAAUUGAUAAUGAUAAUCGUAUACGAUUAUCACGACUAUUCAAAUCAUUAUCUUAUUAUGGUCUAUUAAAAUUUAUGGAUCGUCGAUUAUUUUUAAAUCAUUUACGUGCACGAGCCGAAGAUGAACUUGUUAAUCACAAUGAAGAAAAAGUUUUGAAUUAUAAAAAACUUCCCAAAACAAGAAUACUAUCCGGACAAACUAUAGUAACAUUUAUGUAUUUGUUUGUAAUCGGCAUAGUUAUCUCUUCCGUAUCGUUCAUAUUUGAAUUAAUUUAUUCCAAAUUCAAAAUGGAAAAUUCAAAUAGCUGA